AUGAUUACAUCGAAAAGUUAUGCGGACGUUCAGAGUACAAUGAAUUAUUUGCAAACUAUGAGUGGUGUGAAUAACACGUACAGCAUGACCAGUAUCAACACAGGCUCAAAUCUCACCGUGAGUUAUGCUACAGAAGGAUUUGGCCCCAAUAUAGAUUCCAUAUCCGCUAACAUGACAUCUACUGUAACUCCAGUAGGAAUGGGGAUAAAUGGGGGGUCUCCUUGUAUGAAUCAAGAUCCACAAGCUUAUCCUAUUGGAAUAAUGAACUCCCUAGCCUUAGGAAUUAAUGACAUAUCUACCCAAUCCUGCAUGAAUACAAUGACUGGACUUAAUUCUAUGAAUGGACCCAUUGUACCCAGCACGGAGUUUUUUAUGUCUAGUCGUCGCGGCCCUUCGCCCUCUGAUGCCGAACAUGUCGCUAGUUCAUCUAAUGUGGCGAUGCAGCGUGGACGCACAGAAAAAACCUACCGACGUAGUUAUACACAUGCCAAACCUCCUUAUUCCUACAUUUCCUUGAUCACGAUGGCUAUCCAGAACUGUUCAAGCAAGAUGUUGACACUCAGCGAGAUCUAUCAGUUUAUCAUGGAUUUGUUUCCAUAUUAUCGGCAGAAUCAGCAGCGCUGGCAGAAUUCCAUUCGUCACAGUCUGAGCUUUAAUGAUUGUUUUGUCAAAGUUGCACGAACACCAGAAAAGCCAGGCAAAGGAAGCUUUUGGACACUGCACCCAGACUCUGGAAAGAUGUUUGAAAAUGGUUGCUAUCUACGUCGCCAAAAAAGAUUCAAAUGUCAAAAGAAAGAAACGCUUCGACAAGCACAUAAAACCAUCGAACAACAACAGAAACAACGAAGACCGGAGGCCAAGCCUGGUGUUUCUCCACCGCCCCUGAAAUUGGUGGACAUCUCUAGAAAGCCUCCUAACAACCUUUCUCCUUAUCCGUCACAGCAUUCUCGUCAGCUUCUCCAUUCCGACCAGGGUCAGCAGCAUGUUGCCUCUUCUCUGUCCGCUAAAUCUCAGCCGUUGACAGCAGUUACCACCACAGACAACUAUAACUGCCACGAACGUUCCUUGAUAGAUGGUAGUCAAAAUUAUAAAGUGGAAUCGACGUGUUGUAGUCCUCAGAUCACCAUGAAUUACUCACAGUAUGGUGGGUUAGAUCCUCACCAAUUCGGGCUGUUUACUCGUGGUCUGAGUGACUCGGGGUCACUUCAUCCUGCCAUGCUACCCUCUGGCCACAUGAGAGUUGACCCAUACUAUAAUCCUUCUAAUCAUCCAUUUUCCAUCAAUAAUAUAAUAUCCAAUGAGACCAAAGCAGACAUGAAAAUUUACGAAAUAACUCAAUACUCAGGCUAUGCACCCAUGUCACCACUUUCCGCAGGACCUCCGUCCAAUGAAACAACCAAUUACUAUCAUCAUUCUCUCUACUACGUCCAUCCAUCAGCAGUUUCCAAUAUAUGA